GAAUUUUGACUGAAACGAUUUUCGAAAGCCUGACUAGAAACUCUCUGUUUUAGUUUUGAAUAAUUUGCAACUACAAAAACAAAAUUUAUACAAGUUAGUACAUGAAGUACCUAUGAAGUCGUGAGCAAAUCAAGUUCAUUUUGGAGAACUAAAUGACGGGCUGCAGGUACUCUUAAAGCCUAAGAAGUCGUGAGCAAAUCAAGUUCAUAUUGAAGGACUAAAUGACGGGAGUAACUCUACUCUGUCAAGCAAUCAAUUUUGAUGAUGGCUUCUUAUGAAGCGGUUAGCACUGCCGCUCUGAUUCACCUCGUGUUCCGGAUAUCGAUUAGCCCUUGGCCACCUAGAGAUAUCUGUUCACCUGCUCCGAAUGUGGGCGCUUGGAUCUUCACGUUCGCCCUCCUGCUGCUGGCCACCGAUGUGAAGAUGUAUCCGAAUGGUUACCCACACUUGCCGUACAUCAUUCAGUUCCUUGUGGAGACGGUCGGAUCCCUGUUCAUCGUCGAGCUCUCCACAUCCGUGGUGUGGUGCGGCUUGGAGAGCAUGACCCACCAGCUGACCAGGUUGCUACUUUUAUUCUGGGGAAUGGACGGUGACACUUACCUGGCGCUGGAGUACUGGAUCCUUUUGGUUCCCACCACGGCUGUGGCUAGCAUCUUCCUGUACAUUAUGAUGGGGGCGAUUAUACCCCACUUGAUCUAUGGAAAGCCACAGGUUACGGUGUAUAUGAACAAGGAAGUCCUCAGAGGCAUGGUCAGCAAGUGCCGGCAAAAACGUAGAAAGAAUAUAUAACUGUUCAUUCAUUCGCGUAUCAGUAUUUUAGAACGUAAAUUGUUCGUGUAAUUAAAAUGAAUAUUUCAAUUAUACUUUUUGAUCACAUCUGUUUAAAUU